AUGUCUUCGAAUAUUACAAUUCGAAAUCUACUACCAGAUACAGAUUUAAUCUGCUUUUUGGUAUGUUCAUUAUUCACAAAAGAAGAAUGCGACAAUUUAUUGAAUGCUGAAAGAAAAGCUUCUUUCCAAAAAGCGAUAUCCAACUAUCCAACAUAUUAUCGCAACAACGAUCGAUUAGUCAUCGAUGAUUCACAUUUAUCUGCAUAUUUGUUUGACAAAAUCAAAUCUCAUCUACCCGAUCACAUCGAAAACUGGACUUUAGCGGAAUUAAAUACUCGUCUCAGAUUCUGUAAAUACAAUGCAAAUCAAUACUUUCAUCGACAUCUGGAUGGAAUUCAUUAUGUUUCAACGACGAAACAAUCAAAACUAACGUUUAUGAUUUAUCUGAACAAUGCCGAGGAAUUCGAAGGCGGUCGGACAUUGUUCUAUAAAACAAAGGAUUCAACUGAAAUAUGGGCAAGUUAUGUUCCUCAACAAGGUGAUGUGAUGAUAUUUGAUCAUAAUUUAUGGCAUGAAGGAGAAGAAGUUACGAAUGGAGAGAAAUUUGUCUUGCGAAGUGAUAUUUUAUAUACAAAAGAAUUGGAGGAAAGCUCGAAAGAGCCAUUCAGUGGACAUUUGGGUUAUAUUUGGAAAAUAUUGGUGUUUGAUAAUGAUACUUUGUUAAGUGCUGGUCGAGAUAAAACAAUUCAUGUUUGGAAUAUGAAUGGAGAUAGUCGUCAAACGCUAAGAGGGCAUCAGAAUUCGAUAUUAUGUAUGGAGAAAAUGAAUGAAAGAACUUUUAUAUCAGGUUCAAGAGAUAAACAAAUGAAGAUUUGGAAACGAAAUGACAAUCAGAUGUUUGAAUUGAUAAAUUCAUUUAGUGUUCAUUCAGCAACUGUCUUAUCGAUCUGUAAAGUUACAAAAGAUUUCUUUGCGUCCAGUGCAGCUGAUAAUUCGAUUAAAAUAGUUAAUCUGAACGGGCAAAUCCAACACGAAUUAAUUGAGCAUACGAAUUGGGUUUGGCAAGUUGUCAAACUUCACGAUGAUUGUCUUGCUUCGUGUUCCGAAGAUCAAACAAUUAAGAUCUGGGAUUAUAAAAAUGACAAAUGUAUAAGAACAUUCUACGAUCACUGUUCGGUAAUUUGUUUGAUGUACGAUCAAGUGACAAAUACACUUGUAAGUGGCAAUUUUCAAGGUGAAAUUAUGCUUCGGGAAUUAUCAAGCGAUUUCAAUGAGAUACGAACAAGAAAACUUGACGGACAUAAUGGAAUCGUGCGAACAAUUUUGAAAGUGAACGAAACGCUUCUCGCAAGUGGAGGAGAAGACAACAAAGUGAAAAUUUGGAAUAUUCAAAGUGGAAUUUGCGUUCAAGAAUUUCAGCAUGACAAUUUCGUACAAGCUUUAGAGCUAACCAACGAUGGGAAAUUGUUAAGUGCAUCUUAUGAUGGAACGAUCAAAGCAUGGAAAAUAUGA